CGGCUCCAUUUUGUCCGGGUAGCCGGCGGGCGGGGAACGCGGCGCUCCGGAGCGGCCGCUUUGUCUCCCGCAUCCCGGCGGCGGCAGGCGUUGGGCGCGGGCGGCGGGGGGAUGCGCUCCGCGGGGCCGCCCGGGCACCUGCGAGCCGAGGCGGCGGGUCCCCGCGAGGAACGAGCGGCCUGGCGGGUCCCCGGCCCGCUCCGCGCCUACAGCAUGCAGCCAUCUGGCGGCUGGCUCGCCCCGGACUUGCCCCGAAGGUUAAAAUUGGACAAAGAUCCACCACCUUUAGGACAGGUGUUUGAGAACCCUGCAGAUAACACAAUUCUGACAGUAUUUCAUGACAAUGGAUGGCGACAGCUCUACAACAGAUGCUUCUCAACUAGGGAUUUCUGCAGACUACAUCGGAGGAAGUCAUUAUGUGAUCCAGCCCCACGAUGAUACUGAGGACAGCAUGAAUGAUCAUGAAGAUACAAAUGGUUCAAAAGAAAGUUUCAGAGAACAAGAUAUUUAUCUUCCCAUUGCAAAUGUGGCUAGGAUAAUGAAAAAUGCCAUACCUCAAACAGGAAAGAUCGCAAAGGAUGCCAAAGAAUGCGUUCAGGAGUGUGUGAGUGAGUUUAUAAGCUUCAUAACGUCUGAAGCAAGCGAGCGCUGUCACCAGGAGAAACGGAAGACCAUCAACGGGGAGGACAUUCUGUUUGCCAUGUCCACUCUCGGCUUCGACAGCUACGUGGAGCCUCUGAAACUGUACCUCCAGAAGUUCAGAGAGGCCAUGAAGGGAGAGAAGGGCAUUGGUGGGGCCGUGUCCGCUACAGAUGGACUCAGCGAGGAGCUCACGGAAGAGGCAUUCACUAACCAGUUACCGGCUGGGUUAAUAACUGCAGAUGGCCAACAACAAAACGUUAUGGUUUACACGACGUCCUAUCAACAGAUUUCUGGUGUCCAGCAGAUUCAGUUUUCAUGAUAUGAAGGAAGGAUGGAGCCGGGCUGUGUGGAGAGCGCGAGCGAGAGUCUGACGGAGUCUGGAGCAGAGGCAUUGGGAGGAAGUGAGAGUGAGGCCGCCUCCUUGUACAAUAAGUAGCUGUAACGUAGCUUCCUGAUGCCUGACUAAUUGAGGUGUUAAUUCUGACUUGAGAAUCUUUUUCAUGAAUGAUUUUAAAAGAAAAAAAUUGGAUUUUAAAGGUAUUAAAAAUAUUUUUGUUUUGUACGAGAGUGUGUUGCUCUGUGACGCCUGUAUGCAUUGUAUAUUGCGAUUUAUUACUGUCAGAGAUUUGUAGACAGUUUCUUAUUUUCAUAUUGAAUCAUGUUAUUUUGUAAUUCAAGUAAGCAGCUGGGUUAAUUCAUAAUGUUUAUUACCCUUUUAAUAAAAUAUAAGGGUAGAGUUCAUUUUGAAUGAAAGUUGCCUUUAUUACGAAUUUGCGUUUGUCUUGGCUAUACACUAUCCUGCAUGGUAACUUAGCCGAAUGUUUUAGCAUUUAUUUAUUGAAAACAAAUUUUUUUUUUUUUUUUUGGUAAACAGUCAUAGCUUAAGCAACGUCAUUUUUUUUAACUGAAUAAUUAAGUUGGAUGCAGAAGCAAGUGUUGCCUGGCCUGUCAGACCUGGUGCCUGUCGCUGUCCAUGCUGUUGAGGCAGCUUCCGUUACUGCCAUGCCUGUGAGAAUUCCUUUCCCUUCCAUACGGUCCUGCCACCUCUGAAAUGGCCCCUUUCUUCUUCAAGUAUUACAGUCCCCUUCCUGAAGAGGGAGUUUUCAGUCCACUGAUAGUCAUUUCCCUUCAUGGAAAGGUCAGGUCCCUGUCGGGCUGUGGGAGCCGAGCAGUGGGUGUGGUUCUGUGCAGAUGCUGCAGGUGAGAGCAAGCGAGCGGAGGAGCAGUGAGGCAGGGGAGCAGCCAGCACUUGGAAUCAGGAGACACGGAGCCUUCUGGUGUGCUGUCACACCAUCUGCAGUAAGCUAGCAUUAGUUGAUGGAGCGUGGUUUCUUUUUUAAAGUGAAGAUUUCUAUUUUCUCAUCUAGUCUUUUUAGUAAUACUUCCUUUGAAUUUUUGUGUGUGUAGUGUGGUAGUUUUAGCCCUAUCAAAAAUGGCUUAUUGUAUAGUUUGUCCAGAGGAAAUUUUGGGGCUCCAGUGGACAAAAGCAAGCAGUUCCCUAGGUCCAGGCUGAUCAGUAAUGGCCACUUGCCAAGAGUCUUGUGGAACACAGCUGGCUACUCUGAGAUUAAACAAUUCCCCCUUCUCCUUCCUCCUUUCCUCUUCAGUAGUCACCUUCUGUGUAGGAGAUGCACAUAGGGAAGAACGGGAGGUGACGGUCAAGCAGAACCAGCAGUCGUCCUACUGUGCUGAAGUAACAAUGUUAAUAUUUUGAUAACUCAUUUGUCCUUUUACUUUGCUAAAUAUGUAUAUUUUUAUAAAGAUGGGGUCGUGUUGUGCACACUGUUUUGUAACUCGUUUUUCACUUAAUACAUUGUGAACAUCUUUCCCAGGUCAUGCAUGGUCUUCUGCAUCAUUUUUACUGGGUUUUUAUUCUGUUAUAUGACUGAAUCAUGAUUAAUUUAUUUAAUUGCCUAUUGCACAGUUUGACCUUUUUCAUCUCUUCAUAGUUAUAAACAUAGUUAUAUAAGUUCACUGAAUCUUGUGUACAUCGUAACUUUUCUUGAAAUAAAUUCUUAGAAGUAGAA